AUGUUAAUUGUUUACAGUAGAAUCUUGGAAGUAAGAAAAAAUGGCACUUUUUUUUUAAAUUUUUUGUCAGGAUUGAGACAUGGCAAAGUGGUUAAUAUUCUAGAUUGGGCCUUUUCAAUUUUGAAGAUUUUAAUUUUACUAGAGUGUGAUUGCAUCUCUUUGUUUCUUUUAUGAUGGUUUCGAUUGUGAUGAUGGACUUGUAGCUCUAAACUCGGUAUAAAAAACUGAUUGAGCUAUUUGAUUUCGUUAGUCAUCCACCUGCGCUUAAAAUUUCAAUAAUUGGUUGACUUUGUUCUGGAACUAAAAAGGUCAUUGCAGACCUUUAAGGCUCUUUCUCCAUUCUAUGUCAUAGUCUAGUUGCAAUAAAUUUAUGGCAUAUUUUCAGUCCUUGCAUUUUCAAGUCCAUUCCUUUUGGAGAAGUUUUAAUUGCUUUGGUAAAGACUUCACAAGGUGUCAUAGAGUCGGAAACAACUUGUCUACUAUCAAGAGACUUGAUCUAGUUCAUCUUUCAUCCUUUCUAUUCAAAAAGGAAUACUGUAGUCUAUCUACAGAUUCAAAUUCAACUUUUCAUGGAGUUGUUCAUGCAAAUGUUAACAGUGAUGUAGCUACUUCGCAAAGUGAGCAAUCGUUGCACCAAGAGGCACUCCUUCAUUCUUUGAAGUUUAAAGAACAACCACCAAGUGGCAGAGUAAUGUUUAUUGAUGGCACAUCAGUCAUUUAUAGAGCUUACUACAAGCUAUUGGCAAAGUUGCAUCAUGGUCAUCUAUCACAUGCUGAUGGCAAUGGAGAUUGGGUUUUAACAAUAUUUUCAGCUCUCUCUCUUAUCAUUGAUGUGCUGGAGUUCAUCCCAUCUCAUGUAGCGGUGGUGUUUGACCAUGAUGGAUCUCCAUUUGGUCAUGCUUCUAUUUCUUCAAAAGAAAAUUUCAUGGCAAAAGGUAUGAAUUUUCGUCAUACUCUAUAUCCAUCUUACAAGAACAACCGCCCCCCUACACCUGAUACCGUUGUUCAGGGGCUUCAAUAUUUGAAAGCAUCCAUCAAGGCUAUGUCCAUUAAAGUAAUUGAGGUACCUGGUGUAGAAGCUGAUGAUGUGAUUGGAACAUUGGCUGUGAGAAGUGUUGAUGAUGGGUACAAGGUGCGAGUUGUUUCCCCAGACAAAGAUUUCUUUCAGAUUCUCUCCCCCUCUUUACGUCUUCUACGAAUAGCACCACGGGGAUUUGAUAUGGUUUCAUUUGGAAUGGAAGAUUUUGCUAAAAAGUAUGGAGAACUGAAACCUUCACAAUUCGUGGAUGUGAUAGCCCUUAUUGGUGAUUCUGCUGAUAAUAUUCCAGGAGUUGAAGGAAUUGGAAAUGUUCGUGCUGUGCAACUCAUCUCUAAAUUUGGCUCAUUGGAGAACUUGUUGCAACAUGUUGAUCAAGUUGAAGAACAACGUAUUAGAGAGGCCUUGAUAACUCAUGCUGAUCAAGCUAUCCUAAGCAAGAACUUGGCAUUGCUGCGUACUGAUCUUCCAUUCUACAUGGUACCGUUUACUACCAGGGAUCUCACUUUUAAGAAACCAGAGGACAAUGGGGAGAAAUUCCGAAGCCUCUUGACUGCUAUUGCGGCUUAUGCAGAAGGGUUUUCAGCUGAGCCAAUGAUAAGAAGAGCCAUCUAUUUGUGGAAGAAACUUCAAGCGCCGCAAUGAAUACUUGGUUUCAGGCUCUCCGCACUGUGAAGGUUGUUUGGAAACCAGAUAUCAUCGAAGUCGAAACCAUAACAUGUAUAUCAAAUGAUUUUGACACUGCUGAGUAUAGUUCUGACACAAGCUACCAUUUCUUUAACUUUUGUUAACUUCUCAUACAAAAGUUUAAUUGUAUGAUUCUAUGAUAUUGAUCAUGUAUCAUAUGGACACAGUUAAUACCGCUGAUCCUGUGGUAUUUGCAUUUUUUGGUUUUGAAAGAAACAGAAUUCGCCCA